GGCCAGGAAUCCCACAAUACCAGGCGGAGGAGCAGCUUUCUGGGGCAGAGCUUGUGGGUUCGAUCAAAGGGAAGGAGAAGAAGAAAUGCAGAGAGAUGUAAGAUGGCAGAGCUGCAGAUGUUGUUAGAGGAAGAAAUUCCAGCCGGCAAAAGAGCUCUGGUGGAGAGCUACCAGAACCUCACCAGGGUCGCUGAUUACUGUGAAAACAAUUAUGUUCAGGCCCAGGACAAGAGGAAAGCCCUCGAGGAGACUAAAGCCUACACGACUCAGUCUCUUGCGAGCGUUGCUUACCAGAUCAACGCCUUGGCCAACAAUGUCCUGCAGCUGCUCGACAUCCAGGCCUCCCAGCUGCGGCGCAUGGAGUCCUCCAUCAACCACAUCUCCCAGACUGUGGACAUUCACAAAGAGAAGGUGGCCCGGCGAGAGAUUGGCAUCUUGACUACUAACAAGAACACGUCGCGAACUCACAAAAUCAUUGCACCCGCCAACAUGGAGAGGCCGGUGAGGUAUAUUCGGAAACCAAUAGAUUACACAGUGCUGGAUGACGUGGGCCAUGGUGUGAAGUGGCUAAAAGCCAAGCACGGGAACAACCAGCCAGCUCGGGGAGGAACACUAUCGAGGACCAAUCCACCAACACAGAAGCCCCCUAGCCCCCCGAUGUCAGGGCGAGGGACUCUGGGACGAAACACACCCUACAAAACCCUGGAGCCUGUCAAGCCUCCCACUGUUCCCAAUGACUACAUGACGAGCCCAGCCAGGCUGGGCAGUCAGCACAGCCCUGGGAGAACAGCGUCGCUCAACCAGAGACCAAGAACUCACAGUGGUAGCAGCGGUGGGAGUGGGAGCCGGGAGAACAGCGGCAGCAGCAGUAUUGGCAUUCCCAUCGCCGUGCCUACACCCUCCCCACCCACACUGGGACCCGUAACCUCAAUGUUGGCUCCCCCCGGAGCACCACCACCUCCUCCCCCUCCUCCUCCUCCUCCUCCGCUCCCUGGGACAGCACCAGCAAUAGCAGCAGCAGCAGCAGCAGCAGCCGCCGUCGCUCCAGGACCAGGUUCCGGACCGGUCCCUGGCUCGCAGUUCGGCACAAUAACCCGGCAGAUCUCUCGGCACAAUUCUACAACCUCUACUGUCUCUUCCGGGGGCUACAGGCGAACUCCUUCCGUCACAUCUCAGUUUUCUGUGCAGCCCCACGUUAACGGCGGGCCUGCUUACCCUCAGAACUCAAUGUCUAUCGCGCCACCCCCUCCCCCUAUGCCUCAGCUGACUCCACAGAUACCUCUCACAGGCUUUGUGGCCAGGGUGCAGGAAAACAUCGCAGACAGCCCCGCGCCCCCGCCUCCCCCGCCCCCCGACGACGUGCCCAUGUUCGAUGACUCCCCCCCGCCGCCGCCCCCCCCGCCGGUUGACUACGAGGACGAGGAGGCGGCCGUGGUGCAGUACAGCGACCCCUACGCAGAUGGAGACCCGAACUGGGCGCCCAAGACUUACAUUGAAAAAGUUGUGGCAAUCUACGACUACGCAAAGGACAAAGACGAUGAGUUGUCCUUCAUGGAGGGUGCGAUUAUCUACAUCAUCAAGAAGAACGACGAUGGCUGGUUUGAAGGCGUCUGCAAUGGAGUGACGGGCCUUUUCCCUGGGAAUUAUGUGGAAUCCAUCAUGCACUAUGCUGACUAAAAUCAGCCACUAGAGGGCGCCCUAUUUAUUCAGUCAUAUCUAGACACAAACGUGUAUCGACCGACAGAGCUUAGAGAAGUGCAUUACGAUAUGACAGAAUGUUCCUUUUUCGGAUUGCAAAUCAAAUAUUUACUGUUGAUUUUUUUUUUUUGUUGUUGUUGUGGGUGGGCGGGGACUUUAAAGGUAUACUAAGAUGAAAUAAAACGGAAUGGUUGAAUAUUGGUAACAUGCUUAUGUCCAGUAAUGUUCUUUUGGUCUAAAGACGGUUGUCGUAUUACACCAUUGUAUAUAAUAUGAGCAGCUGCCAGUAGGUUGUCUGUAGUGUGUUCCUUUAAGUGUCUUUCACAGUGUCUUGACCAGUUUACACCACAAGUGAACAAGUAGGGAUUUAUGGUUUCUAAAUCAGGUUUUAAAUAGUGCCAUUAUUUUUUUUUUUCCCAGGUUAACUGACACAAGACUAGAGUCAUGCAUUUUGGAUGUUGUAUAAUGCAAAUUGAAUUGCUCGUCAGAUUACCUCUUUUAGGCUAAUGGUCAUUCCUGAAACGUACUUAACUUGCUUAAAGCAUGCAUACAAUUUUAAAAAAAUGUAUUGUAAUCUAUACUUUUUAAUCCAUUAUGCUUCCAUUAUGUUGUAAUAUUUACAGUGAGCACUCAUUUUAUUUUAAAUGAAAUGUCUAAACCAUUUGUGGAUUUGUUGAUGGUCUUAUAAUCUUAAAUGCUCUGAUUUGUAUUUAAACAUUUGAUAUUAAAUUUACAUUAUGAAUUUUA